AUGGCUGCUAUGAUCCAGACGUUUCCUCAACAGACAGGAACAAUUACUCUGCUUCAGACCAGACCAAGCUCGGCAUCCGGAAUCAUGCCGGGACACUCCCAACAUUCUCAACCACAGCCUGGCCAGCAGUAUGGGGCAAACCCCCAGGUGCACCGGAAUAGUUCUUACGGUGUUCCUGGAGCAGUCGGGGGCCAGACCAGCUAUAGAGGCAUAUCUGGGGGGCCAGUGCAGCCAUACGCCUUCACAUCCACGCCUGCCCUGGGAAAUGGCGGGCAGUGGCAGACCUACGGCGCUCUCAGAACAACAUCCACCCCCAGUCUGCCGACCAUGCAAAUGGGAGGUUCUCUCGUGGCCGCCCGCCCGCAGUACCAGACCACCGCCUCCACAAACAACCUGCCAAGCAAUGCCAGGAUGGCGCCAGCUGUGAGGCAUGGAGCCUCCAGAGACGACAUGUCACUACCAUCACUUGCCACUGGACAACAGUCAUCGACCCACGGGAGUGCAGCUGGUCAGCUGACGUUUGCUCAGGUGGUGAGCGGGAAAGCCGCGCCUGAGAGGUACCGACGAACAUCACCGCGGACAGCGUCUGCCACGGACUCUUCGUCUAGCCAGUCGUCACAGUCACAGGGAUCAGGCUCUGCGUUGCCUUCAGGUUCGGGCAUGGCAACUGUCGUUCAUCUGUACAACCCUCGCGCCAUGCCCAACUUGGCACCUAUCCCUAGAAACUCAGCAACGCUGGCACCGAGACCGCACAGCACCUAUAUACCUGGGAUGGCGGUAGACGACAUGGUUGUCCCGCGCCAGCCCACGGACGAGGAGCUGAAGAGGAUGCGCCGGCGUAGCAUGCACUCAUUUGAUUCUUCCGAUUAUCCCACGCCCCUGACCCCGCAAGAGUUCAAGCAGCAAACGGAAGAUGCACUCCGUGGAAAGAGGUUUAGCAUUCCUGAUAAGCACCAGAAGGCUGCACCACGGGUUGUUCCCGUUCCCGCGCCUGCUGCUGUGCCCGACAGCAGAAACACGCUGACCGUCAACCACGCCACCACUGCCCAUACCCGGAAUGGCAGUUCUGAAAGCCUUGUUUCGAGUAGAAGCAGCAACUCUCGGCCGUCUUCGUCUACCAAUCGAAACCCCAAUACAGUCGUCCCCACAACCAGCCCCGCCUCCGCCGUCACGAACUCCACGGAUGAAAAGUCCAACAAGGCGGAUGCUCCCAAGUCGGUGAAUGUACCGCCGAGGAGCUCGUCGUCGGAAGCUGCGAAGCGUGUGCUCACCCCGUCGCCGUUGUCUAAGCCGGCAACCAUGGCAUCGGACAAUGUAAACAGGCCGUCGUCGGGCAAGGCUGCCGCCUCGUCGCCAGCCAAACCCUCGGGCUCGUCCCACGGUUCUACCGUCGCCAGCAGCCCCGCAGCCAAGCAGCUCGCCGCUAUCAACGAGAAGGGUGGCCGUCCCAAAGGCAAAACCUCGCGUCUUCGUCGAGCAUUUUCCUUUGGCAGUGCUGCCGACUUCAAGAAGGCAGCCGACCAGGACGAUGAUGGAAAGACUUCUGCACACAAUGACCCGGCAAAAUUGCGAAAGGAGCCCGAUGCCGAUGAUCUGUAUGAGCAGGAACAGGCCCGAAUCGCCCAGAAGCAGGAGGCCAGCGGUCUUGGUAACAGUAUCUACUCCGGAACCAAGAUCUUUGCUGGUUCAACCGACAACCUGUCCAUCUCUUCCACAGCCUCUUCUGCAUCGAUCAUGUUAAGAAAGAUGGGCAAAGGCAUGAAGAAGGGCGGUCGCUCUCUUGUGGGACUGUUCCGACCGAAGUCGAUCAUCGGGGCCCCCAUCGGUGAAGUUGCAACACCCGAGGCCAGCCAAGCCACCGUCUCCAUGAUUACGGUGGAAGCCGAGAGGGAGCGCGUCAACGUGAACUCGAACGCCGACUUGGGUCAACACAUGGGAGGGACCGGCUUUCCUCGUUUGGAGCGAAACUCGCUAGAUGCAAAGGAUGCUGUGCACGUGGACAGCCUGACGUCUGAACGUCUUGGCAGCUCCGGGACGGAUUCAAAUGCGAGAAAGAGCAUUGUUGGUGGCGAGAAGGAGCGGGCCGAAGUUCUCGGUGCCAUCAGGAAAGGCAUUCUCAAGACCCGCAGCAAUUCACCCAGUCCUUCGCCGCAAACCGGCAAGACACCGCCUACCUUUGAGCUUCCUAUGAUUCCCAAUGUUAGCGAUUCGCCGAGCUCAAGUGCACCGAGCACGCCCGGCGAAGAAGCUCAGGGCCACAGGCGGAAUGGGUCGGUCACCAUCGGGAAUGAAGACUACUUCAUGUCGGCGUUGCGACUUCGACAAGACAGCAAGAGCGCUCCCGGAACACCUCAGGGAGGACUCGGGAAACGGAAUGCUACCUUUAGCCCUCGCCUGAUAUUCCACGACACCUGGCCGCCGCAAGAGUACGACCGACGAGGAGAAAUUGCCACAUGCAAUCGUCUGACUCCAAUGCUGGCUCAGCAAAUCAAGGAAGAACUCAAUAGCUUCAAGAUGGAAAUGGAAGUUCACGAGACGUCCAAAAUCUACACGCACUUUUUCUGA